AUGAUUCCGGCUACCUUUGUCGCCCUAAGACGAAUCUACAGUGUUUCGUGGCCGAUUCCUUACCUAAUCGACAGGCUUUCUACUCUGACAAAUGGAUUUUGGAUCAAGGCCGACCUUUCCCCGCCUGGGGUGAGAAAUCCCAAUGCCUGGGCGCAAGAUAUCAGAGAUGAAGAUCCUGGAGCUCGACUAGCAUUCCGAAUUUCAAUAAGAGAAUCUGAUGGUCAUGACACAUUCAUCCAAUAUGCGAGCCAUAAAAGCUGGCAGUCAUGUUGCAAGGCAAAUACACUUGUGGAUGAGCUGAAUGGUGACCAGCUUUCUGAGAUCUAUACUCGUCCUCGGCGCUUCAUUGACAUUGACCACCGAAAUACCAGGAUACUUGCAGCUUAUCCGGCUUUGAAAAAUUUUGUUGGGGGGGCAUAUACUGAUGACAAUGGAGUGGUGAUAUCUCGUAAGCGAAAAGGUACAUAA